GGCCAACGUCGCGACGUCGGUAUGGACUCCUCGCCGUCCGCGUCCGGCUCUGCGCCCGCCAAACGAAUUCGUACGCGCACCGGAUGCCUCGCGUGUCGUCGCAAGAAGCGCAAGUGCGACGAGCGCCGCCCUUCUUGCGGCGCCUGUUGCCGUCGCGGCCAACCCUGCGAAUGGGGCCUCCGCCUCACCUUUCGCGCCGAAAACGCCCGCUGCCUCGACGGCUCGCACCCGUCCAUGGCUCGGACGAGAAGGCGGCCUCCGAAAGGAUAUCAAAUUCUUGACGUCACGUCCAACGUGAUUCGCGGCUACAAGGUCCUGUCGCCGCCGCCGGACCAGCUCCGCAUCUCGCCGGAAGAGUGCCAGGAUGGGCGUGGGGACGCAGAUACUCACAUUCUGGUCACUCCACCCGUUGCUUGUGACCAAGCCUCACCUUUUCCAACUCGUUCUCUCGAUCGAGACACCAAUUCCUGUCUGACCGCGACGAAUGGCUCCCCAAGUACCCAGCGCCAGACCGAGAGCGCCGUCGCCAACCUCCUUUACUUCAGCCAAGGCGGGCAACAGUCGCCACCCCUGCCUAUCGGCCUCGACGUUCCCGAUUACUUGGACCAGCAACUCCAGGUUAUUACUCCCGACGGAACAAGCUCUACUGAGGACGGCAUCUUCCUCCCCGGCUCUGCCUACCACGAGCUGCAUUCGACUUUGCGCAGUCAUCUCAUCCACGAAGUCAAGUCGAAUGCCCCGACUCGCCAGGCGACCCCGAGACUCGAGCUCGACGACCAUGAUGGCUCCUCGCAAGAUCAAGGCAAGGUCCCAGAAUGUCCACUGGAGCUGCCCGCCUCCGUGGUCGAGGUGCCUUCCUUGCUGUCCAAGGAGGAUGAGUGUGUCCUGUGGCGGAACUGGUUCGACACGGUGUCUCCUUGGCUCGACAAGUUUGACAACGAUCGCCAUUUUCAGCAAAUCCUUCCUACCAUGGCUCCUGACCACCAUCACUUGCGCUAUGCCAUUCUCGCGCUCUCUGCGCGUCAGAUGGAGCUCAAGGAGAAUACCUCGCCGACUGACCGAUCUCUCGCUUUGUAUCAACAGGCCAUUCACCACCUUCUCCCACACCUUCCCUCGCGCAGCACCGCCGUCAUUGCUUCGUGCGUGAUUCUCUGUGUUCUUGAGAUGAUGAGUUGCUCUCCCAAGGCCUGGCAGCGUCAUCUGGACGGCUGCGCCAGCCUCAUGGAAGCCGUUGGCAUAAAUGGAUUUGUUGGUGGUGUCGACCAGGCCCUGUUCUGGUGCUUUGCCCGCAUGGACGUCUGCGGCGGCCUAAUCUCUUCCGUUACUACGCUCAUUCCCGUGUCGCACUGGGCAUCCAAUCUGAGCAACAGUCAUAACGACCUCGAUUCGGACGUGCACAGGUUUCGAGCCGUCCAAGACUUCACCAGCUGGUCCAACUAUGCCGUCUACCUCACUGCCCAGGUGCUCGACUUGCUUGCUCCUCUGUCCGAUACGGCCGCGUUGCACGUCGGAAACCGAUCUGAUCCUUCAUUUCGGACGCGGUGGUACAAGCUUUGGCGCUAUGUAUCAGAGUGGCACGACGCCCGCCCGCCUCCACUGCUUCCCAUCGUGACAAUACCCUCGUCCGCCAAGUCCCCGUUCCCGACAGUCAUUUUCUCCAACCCUGCCGCCAUAUCUGGAAACCAGCUCUACCAUACAGCCGCCUUGCUCAUGCUGCAGAACCAGCCACCAGGCGUGAGACUAAGUCCCCGACCACGCACCAUCCUCUGGCACGCGCGAAGAGUUUGCGCCAUCAGCAUGUCUAAUGAGCACCACGGAGCGUGGACAAAUGGCAUUCAACCUUUGUGGGUUGCAGGGCGGUGCAUGAGCCACCCCGAAGAGCACCGAGCCAUCCUGGAACUGCUUGACAAAAUCGAGCGCAAGAGUGGGUGGAGGACAAAGUGGCGGGCGGAAGACCUCAAAACAUAUUGGGGAGACUUGGAGGAAUGAUGC